AAUAUAAACAUAGAAGCCGCGCGACUUCGCGAACCUCUUUUUACAAAUAAUUAAGAACAAUAUUAUUAAUUGGAUAUUAUUACUAAGGUAAAAACGAUGAAGACUAUAGAAGAUCUUGAAAAAGAACUAAAAAGUGUAGAUAAGGAAAUAUCUAAAGUAGAUGCUGAAAUAUCGAAAUGGAAGAACAAACAGCGUGUUCUUCACGAAAAGAAGCUCGCAUUGAAGAAUUCCAUUAACAAACUAAAAACUGAUACACUGGCUAGUGUAGAUUGGGCGGGAACUACUUACGAGUGGUCCGAGGACGUGGACAACACUUUGAAAAACGUGUUUCAGAUCGAAAGCUUCAGACCUAAACAAUUGGGUGCUAUUAAUUCCACCCUUUCAGGACAGCAUGCUAUAGUGGUAAUGCCCACAGGCGCGGGCAAGAGCCUGUGCUAUCAGUUACCCGCGCUAGUAAAACCUGGUCUCACAGUCGUAGUCUCACCACUCAUAUCACUAAUGGAAGAUCAAGUUAGAUCGCUUACCAAAAGGAACAUACCAGCUAAGUUGAUCACAAGCUCAAGUUCUAAGGAAGAAACUUCAGAAGCUCUGAACAUCCUGAAGGAUAGUAAGACACAAAUAAAGCUGCUCUAUGUUACCCCUGAAAGGUUUGCUAAGAGUAAAAGAUUUAUGUCUAAUUUACAAAAAUGUCAUGCAGAUGGCAGGUUACAGAGGAUUGCUAUUGAUGAAGUCCAUUGCUGUUCCCAAUGGGGCCAUGACUUCAGGCCUGAUUACAAGUACUUGGGUAUUUUGUCUAACAUGUUCCCAAAUGUGCCUAUCUUAGGUCUGACUGCUACUGCCACAGCUAAUGUUCUCACAGAUGUACAAAAAAUUCUUAAUAUUCCUGGUUGCCUUGUUAUAAAGUCUACAUUUAACAGACCCAACUUAUUCUAUAAAAUACUGGAGAAACCAACAUCACAAGAGGAAUGUCUAACAAUACUUGAGAGACUAUUGAAAGGCAGGUAUAAAGGAGAAAGUGGAAUCAUAUACACAAACAGCAUAAAAGACUGUGAAGAUAUUUCUGAAGGCUUGCGGAAAAGAGCUCUGAGAGUUGGUUGCUAUCAUGCAAACCUGGAUGCCAAUACCCGGUCACAAGUCCAUCUGAAGUGGCAUGACAAACACUAUCAAGCUAUUGUGGCCACUGUAGCCUUUGGGAUGGGAAUUGACAAACCUGAUGUAAGAUUUGUUAUACACCACACAAUAAGUAAAUCCAUGGAAAACUACUAUCAAGAAAGUGGCAGGGCUGGUCGCGAUGGCCUCAGAGCAGAAUGUGUGACUUUGUAUAGAAUGCAAGAUGUCUUCAAAGUUAGUACCAUGGUGUUCUCUUCUGUUGGCAGUCUAGAACAUUUGUAUGGCAUGGUAAAGUACUGUCUCAAUGGUUCAUUAUGUAGAAGGCUUCUGAUAGCUGAGCAUUUUGAUGAGAACUGGGGCAAUGCAGACUGUAACAAAAUGUGUGAUGUAUGCUCUAACACCAAUCUGAGUGUAAAAGAAAUUAAUCUCAGGCCACAUUGUAAGACGAUAGCUGGUAUUAUUGAGAAUGCAGAAAAGCAAGAUGUAAAACUGACUGCACAGAAGUUGCUUGAUGCAUGGUUUUUGAAAGGCCCUGUAAAUCUGAGACACAAGGGGAAAGAGCCAAAUAUUUCAAGAGUCUUAGGUGAAGAUGUGAUUGCAUUUUUACUGGUUGGAAAUUAUUUAAUAGAAGAUUUUCACUUCACAGCAUAUUCUACAAUAAGUUAUAUAAAAAUUGGUCCAAAUAUGGAUGCGUUUGAUGAUGAUAGCUUUAUACUUAACAUGCCAGUAAGGAGAUAUUCAUCCUUCGAACUGCAGGAGAAAGCUCCAAGUGAUUAUAUACCUCAACCUGAAGCCUCCGAUAAGAAACCAGAGAAUGGACAUAAGGCAAAACGGAAACGGAAAUCUAGUCCCAGUAAUGAUUCCAAGUCGAAAAUCAAAAAGGCUAUAAUAAUUGAUGACAGUGAUUGAUUGAGCAUUACCACGUAAAUAUAGCCUUCUUACUCAUUCAACAUUAUUGUAUUUAUCACUGCUGAACUAUAUGUAAGGUCAGUAACAACCAAAU